UUAUGGCUUCCUUUAAUGGUGCGUUCACUGUGCUCAGGAUCAGCUGUAAUGGCGAGUGAGGAGAAGGACCGAGUGUCAGGUCAGGUCCAGACGGAUCAUGGCUCAGCACAGAGUAUCACCACUAAAGGGCAGGAAGGAGGCCAGACAGAGACAGACUCUGGGUAUCGAAGCACUCGCAGUCUCAACCCGAAUGAGGAGUACAACAUGAAGCACAAACGCAGAGGUCUGGCUCUCAUCUUUAACCAGGAGAACUUUUACUGGCAGCUCAGGUUGAACCCUCGAAAUGGAUCCACAGCAGACAGGAACAACCUCAAAAAGAGGUUUGAGCAGCUGGACUUUGAGGUGAGGGUUUUUGAUGAUCACAAACGGGACGAGAUUCUACGCAUCAUCACUGAAGCUGCAGGAGCUAAUCACGUAGAUGCUGACUGCUUUGUCUGUGUGUUCCUGAGCCACGGUGAAAAUGGGCACGUUUAUGCCAAUGACGGCCAGAUUGAAAUCCAGGACAUGACAUCUCUGUUCAGAGGAGACAAAUGUCAGAGUCUGGUGGGGAAACCAAAGAUCUUCAUCCUGCAGGCGUGUCGUGGGGACAAACAUGAUGAUCCGGUCACUCCCAUGGACGUGGUGGACAGCCAUAUGGUCAAUGAGGUGGUGGUGGAUGCUGGUGUGGUUCAGACCCUUCCUGCAGGAGCCGACUUCAUCAUGUGCUACUCAGUAGCUGAGGGUUUCUACUCCCACAGAGAGACACUGAAUGGUUCCUGGUUUAUUCAGGACCUGUGUGAGCUGCUGCAGGAGUACGGCUCCACGCUGGAGUUCACUGAGCUGCUCACACUCGUCAACCGCAAAGUGUCUCAGCGCAGCGUGGGGAACUGCAGAGACCUCUCGGCCAUCGGCAAGAAACAGGUGCCCUGCUUCGCCUCCAUGCUCACCAAGAAGCUCUACUUCAGGUCCAAGCGAGGAGACCACGUGUAGACACUCUCUCUCUCUCUCUCUCUCUCUCUCUCUCACACACACACACACACACACACACACACACACACACAGAGUCAGGGAUUCUCUUUGAACUUAAAGCCAUGAUGGAGUUUACACAGCAGGACAUGAGAUACAGAUGAACAGUUAUAUUCACAAACAGACUCAGACUUCUGGGAGAUUUGCUUUAUUAAAGCUCUACUGGGGAACCAAUGAGAAUGAACUUGUAGGGCAGGGAACCAAUAAAAAUACAGGGCUGUAUCAGGGAACCAAGAACAGUAGAGGGUUCUCUCAAGGCUGUGUUGGGAAACCAAUUAAAAUUGAGGGUUAACUGAUAGAAACCAAUGAAAAUUGGAGGUGAUACCAGGUAUCUAAUACCAAAUGCAGGAUUAAUAUGAGGGAAUUAAUAAAGGGUUAAUGGUUGGAGAACCAGUAAACAUGGUGCAUUAUCUCAGACUUCCAUGGAAAAUGGGUGCAAACCAGCCUACAUUUCUCCAACAGUGGAACCUUAUCUAUAUCAGAAAACCAGUGAAAAUGGAGGGUUAUCUCAUGGCGACCAGUGAAUAUGUGCAGGUUUUUCAAGGAACCAAUGGAAAUUGGUAGCUAAAUCAGGAAAACAGUUUUUAAAAUGGCUGUUAUAUGAAAAUGGAAGGUAAUACAGGUAACUCAUUAACAUGCAGGGUUAAUUUCAGGUACAUAACAAACGAUAAGGUUCGGGAAUAAAUAUAAAUUUUGGAUUAUCUCAGAGAUUCACUGAAAAUAGAUUUUUUUAAAAAAAGUAUAUUAUAUAAUAAACCAAUUAAAUUGAAGGUUUUUUUCAGGUAGCUGUCAUGUCAAGGCAAGGGAUAUAAAUAAAACCAAGGGGUUAGAUUUGAGAACCAAUGAACAGUUAUUCCACGAAAUCGAGUCGUACAUGAGCUGAUAGGCGACGAGGCGCGUAGCACCGAGUUCACUAUAAUCCCUGUACGACGAGAUUGAGUGGAAUAACUGUUUUAUUCUCCCCACAUUCACUGGAUUUUGGGAAACAGAGCUUUUUUAUUUUUUGCAAAUUCAGUAAAUAAAAACUUUAUACAAAAUGUCUAACAAAAUCAUUUCCACUUAGAAUGUAAACAAACCGGCAAAAUGACAGGAGCAAUUUGUGAAAAAUGCAAUAAUGAUAAUAAUUCUUGAAAAAAAAAAGAUACGUUCUUGCCAUCAAAUACUUUCAUUCCAUAUUUUGUUGCUUUUUUUUGUAUUUUUGGGGUUUUGUUUUCAAGUAGAGUUUUUAUUUCGUCCUCGGUUGGUUCAGCAACACUCUUUGCCAUUUUGUUUUUCUCUACUCACGGGAUAUGAGCUGAUAUCCUAGUAGAGUAGCCAAUCAGAGUGCGCAAUUGCUCAUAUCCAGCGAAUGUGGAUAGAACAAUAAACGAUACAUGGUGACCCUGAGGAAGAGCUUAAAACAAAAAACAAAUUAUUUUUGAAGUUUUUCAGAGGUCUGGGUCUGUAAACUUUUCAUUGGUUUCUGCAGUAGAGCCUUUCAGGUGCUGCGGUUUCUGUAAUCAUCAUUAUUUAAAAUAGCUCGAACAGUGUAGAUGUGAAAACACUUGUUCCUUUUGCUUCCUUUAUCUCUACAUUGUGAAUUUCCCCGAUAUUCCUGUUGUUAGUAAAGUAUGAACGCACAACUGGAAUUACAGCUGUGACCUGUUUUAACAAGUUGGAAGACUUCCUGGGGAUUUCACAGAGCAGAGAUGAACGUCUGCGUUUAUAUUUUUAUCUGUUCAUGGUACAGAUUCUUGUAGAACUGAGAAGUGAAGCAGAAUUCGAUCUAUCACACACCACAGAUACAAGUGAUCCAAUCACAGGAGUUGUUCUUGGUAAUCCUGAUCGAUCUGAUCUGAUCAAAAUAGAGCAAUACGUUUAGUAAAGUAAGCACAACUUCAUAACAGAGCUGCCAGCAGCGAUGUGCGGGGUCCAAGCUCCGUUCAGAAAUAGCAUCCUCACUAACCAGAUCUUCCCGAGUUACACAGAACACUGAAGUGUCCAUAGAUAAAGAACUCGUUUCAGUUUCAGCAUGGUGUCUCAGCGCUCACCCUGGGAACUGCUUGCUGAAAGCUGAUUGGCUGAUAGCAGCCAUGUUUAAGUGAUUUAGUCGUCAUUAGAUAUCCUCGCUGAGGACAGAAAAAUGAUGCAGUUUGCAGAGUUUUAGCUUGAUUGGACGUCUAAUUCCUGAGAAACAGCUGUUUGAACUUCAUCCGACAUUCAGUCAUGAUUUUCACGUUUUAAUCAGUUUAAACUCCGCCCCCAUGAGGAUUUAAUGCAAUGUAGCAGCUACAUAUUUAAUCAUCCUUCGGAGUGUUUUGUCACAGUUUUGUGAAGAUAUUAAAAGAACUCCUGAGACUAGUUAGUAAAAAUUUAUAGACUAUCCCACAAAUCGUUUUAAAUGUACGUUAAUCUCUAAGUGGAUUUUUAUUGAUGAUUUGAUGCUUGGACCCCGAAUCAGACUCCGAAUCUGUCCACACAAAUGUAUUGAAUGUUUCUUUAGGUCAGGUUUAACAUUUUGAUGAUUAAUUUGAGCUCACAGUCUGAGAUCACGCCACACUUCUGUAGGCCGAGCUCACGAUUCUAAGGAAAGGGAAUCCUUGUUUUCGUCUCUAUCUCUUAUUAAUUAAACAUUUUAUUCAGCCGCGUAAGCAUUUAUCCGAUACACAGUACACCAGCAUUUAAAAGAUGUAGCAGAAAUGUUUGUCGCUCCGUUUUGUGAAGCGUAUAUUCCGUGUUCUGGAGAUGGGUGGGAUCAAAGACACAACGUCCAAUCAGAAACACUACGUAAGUCUUAACACAUGACUGUUAUAUGGCUGCUUUAAACAUUUUUACUCACUGUGGCCUAUAAAACAUUCGCUUCUGUGGAAAUGCAUAUCGUUAUUUUUUUAUGGUUUGAAUGGAACGUUUGCGGAUCAUAAACUAGAAUGUUCUCUGACGAGACUGUUUACAUUUUAAUAUGGUUCAGUAGAACUUGUUUUUAUUUAAUCUGACCUGAUCAACACACACCUGGCAGCCAAUCAGAAAUUAAAAUAACUUUUAUUCAGGAAAAAGGCGGAGAAAUAAAACAACAGGGACAAAAAUAGAUUUAUUAGAUUUAAUCAGCUGCUUGUGCUGUGAUUAGACAGUGGAGUUGGAUUGUGUGAUAAAUGUACCGUAACAACAACAAGGCAGCCACGCCUUUUAAAAGUGUCCUGCAACUUUAUGCAAAUUAGAAGCACCACCCAGGUAGAGCUGAUUAAUCAUGAGUCGGGAUCCAAGGUCCUGGUGUCUGCCUGCACAGUUCUGGAGGUACACUACCAUUCAAAAGUUUGGGGUCACUUUGAAAUGUCCUUAUUUUUGAAAGAAAAGCACUGUUCUUUUCAAUGAAGAUCACUUUAAACUAAUCAGAAAUCCACUCUAUACAUUGCUAAUGUGGUAAAUGACUAUUCUAGCUGCAAAUGUCUGGUUUUUGGUGCAAUAUCUCCAUAGGUGUAUAGAGGCCCAUUUCCAGCAACUCUCACUCCAGUGUUCUAAUGGUACAAUGUGUUUGCUCAUUGCCUCAGAAGGCUAAUGGAUGAUUAGAAAACCCUUGUACAAUCAUGUUAGCACAGCUGAAAACAGUUGAGCUCUUUAGAGAAGCUAUAAAACUGACCUUCCUUUGAGCAGAUUGAGUUUCUGGAGCAUCACAUUUGUGGGGUCGAUUAAAUGCUCAAAAUGGCCAGAAAAAUGUCUCGACUAUAUUUUCUAUUCAUUUUACAACUUAUGGUGGUAAAUAAAAGUGUGACUUUUCAUGGAAAACACAAAAUUGUCUGGGUGACCCCAAACUUUUGAACAGUAGUGUACUUCAGUAGAAAGUUCCAUAGAAAUACAAAUCUUGCAUGAAAAGGUGUUGAUAGCAGUCCCUGAAAUGUACAAGCCCGAUCUUCACAACCCUACAGAUAAAAAUACAAGAAAGGAAUGUCGUCUGGCGGAAGAAGAAGCCUUUAUUUAUCCCGUGAAAUUCCUCCUCAGCAUUUAACCCAUCUGGGGCAGUGAACACACACACACACCCAGACUUGCUUGAGGGCACUUCAGCUAUGAUAUAGAGGGAAGUGUCGAGUGUUCAUUCACUCAACUCCCCUCACAUUUUUCCUGCUGGUCCUGGGAAUCAAACCGGCGACCCCUUGGGCCCAAGGCUGCUUCUCUAACCUUCUGGCUGCCCUCAGAACAGUUUCCCAAACCGUCAGGGCUCUCGGUGAGCUCAGAGUGAGUAUCAGCUGAACCGAGUCACAGAAUUAAACUAAAACCUCAGCUUUGAUCCUUCCUCCAUCCAGGAAGUGAGGUCACAGAAAGGCUGUGUGCACAAACCCUUAGCCUCGGGUUACGAGUGUAAAACCUCCUGUUAAUGUGGUAAUACGUGUCUUGUGACGUUUAGAACACUGACCAGCUCCACUGUUCGUCUCAGUAAUGAGCCAAAGGUAUAAAACUGAGCCCUGCUGGACGUCCACGUGUCAAUUAGCUCAGGAAGUCCUGUGUCGUGUGUUAGAAAACACAACUACUAAUAUCACCUUCAGAAUAAAGCUCUUCUCAGGUCUGAUGAGUGAAAAUGACAUUUUAUUUCUUAACACAAAGCAGCAGGUUUUGAAAAGCCCACGACACUUGAACCACUCAACGUGUUUGAGCAGCUAAAGAAACAUUUCAGCUAAAAGUACAGAAAAGUCCAGUGUGAACUAAAGCAGCGUUCAGACACCGAACUGUGUGGACUGUUGUGUGAAAGAUAACGUGCGUGUGUGUGUGUACGGAAACGUGAACACUUUCACGCUGAGAGAGACUGUGUGUGUGUGUGUGUGUGUGUGUGUGUGUGUGUGUGUGUGAGAGAGAGUGGAUGCUGCACCUCACUGUGGUUUAGAUCUGAUCAUUUGUUCCUAUCUGACUUGUCUGUAGUUGUGAGGUAACCGGUGGCUGGGUUUACACUGUCAAAGACUUUCAGGAGAAUGUUCAGGGAUGAUACAUGUUUAGAAUCUGUCUUUAUGAAUUCAGUUUGUAGCUUGAAUAAAAAAAAAAAUUAAAUCA